AUGCCGCCCCCGCCGCAUCAAAAACCCGAAAAUGUCCUCAAGCGCGCCCACGAGCUCAUCGGGGUCAACCAGGCCCCGGCCGCCCUGACUCUGCUGCACGAGCAUAUCACGUCAAAGCGUUCCCGCAAUGUCCCCAUCGCCUCGCUGGAGCCGGUUAUGGUCCUGCUCGUUGAGCAGGCCGUUGAACAGAAGAAGGGGAAGCUCGCCAAAGACGCCCUUUACCAAUACAAGAAUAUCGCCCAGAAUACCAAUGUUGGGACAAUAGAGCUCGUUUUGAAGAAGUUCAUCGAGUUGGCGGCCGAGAAGGUCACGGCUGCUCAACAAAAGGCGGACGAGGUCCAAUCGAGCAUCGAGGCCACCACUGGGUCGUCCAGCGUCGAAGACCUCGAGGCCAGCGAGACCCCGGAAUCCAUUCUCCUGGCCACCGUUUCUGGGGAACAGUCUAAGGACCGGACUGACCGCGCGAUCGUUACCCCCUGGCUGAAGUUUUUGUGGGAGGCGUACCGGACCGUCCUGGACAUUCUGCGCAACAAUGCGCGCCUGGAGCUCCUGUACCAGAGCACUGCGAUGCAAGCGUUCGACUUCUGCCUCAAGUAUGCCCGCAAGACGGAAUUCCGCCGCCUUUGUGAGCUCCUCCGCAACCAUGUUCAGACCGCUGCCAAGUACUCGGCUCAGAUGCAUGCUAUCAACUUGAACGACCCGGACACCCUUCAGCGCCACCUCGAGACUCGCUUCCAACAGCUGAACGUGGCUGUGGAGUUGGAACUCUGGCAGGAGGCUUUCCGCAGCGUUGAGGAUAUCCAUACCUUGCUCAGCCUGAGCAAGCGCCCGGCCAAGAACAUCAUGAUGGCCAACUACUACGAGAAGCUCACCCGCAUUUUCCUUGUUGGCGAGAACUACUUAUUCCACGCUGCCGCUUGGUCGCGUUACUACAACCUUCUGCGGCAGUCCGCCGCCAUGCUCGCCACCGGCCAGAGCAAGAAGUCCGACAGCCCGCCCGUUAGUGAAGCCGACCUGCAAAAGGCUGCCACUUUCGUGGUCCUCUCGGCCUUGUCUAUCCCGGUCAUCAGCACAUCCCGUUCGCGCGGUGCUAUGGUCGACUUUGACGAGGCGCGCAAGAACAAGAAUUCGCGUCUGACCCACCUUCUCGGCCUGUCGCAAGCACCCACCCGCUCCUCGCUCUUCCGCGAUGUCCUGUCCAAGGCCCUUCUCCGCCGCGCCAGCCCCCAGAUCCGAGACCUGUACAACAUCCUCGAGGUCGACUUCCAUCCUCUCUCCAUCUGCCAAAAGAUUUCCCCUAUCCUCGCCCAGGUCGGCGCCGACGAAGAGAUGCAAAAGUACAUCCUUCCCCUGCAGCAGGUCAUUCUCACUCGCCUGUUCCAGCAGCUAUCCCAGGUGUACGAGACGGUCGAUCUUGAGUUCGUUCAGAGCCUCGCGCAAUUCCCUGAGCCGUUCCAGGUUACCCGCGGCACUAUCGAGAAGUUCAUCAUGAACGGCAAUAAGAAAGGUGACCUUGCCAUCCGCAUGGACCAUGCCACCGGCGUCCUGAGCUUUGACGUCGAUGUCUUCUCCUCGGCCAAGGCCGUCCACGCUGGCUCGGCAGCGGGCUCAGCUGAGAACGAGUCCGGCUCCGUUCAGCGUCUCCAGAGCACCCCGUCGCAGAUUGUCCGUUCGCAGCUCACUCGCCUGGCCGAGGUCCUCUACACAACGUGCCGGUACAUCGAUCCUUCAUUCAACGAGGCCCGGAUCAACGCCCGUGAUGCAGUUCUCGCGCGUGCCAAGGCUGGGGCUGAAAAGGAGCACCUUGAGAUCUUGUCGAGGAAGGAGGUGAUCCAGAAGCGCAAGGACAAGGCUUCGGAGAUCCAGGCCCAGAAGGAGAAGGAGCUUGCUCGCAAGAAGAUGCUCCAGGAGCAGGCCCUGCAGCAAGCCGAGGCUCAGCGGUUGGCUGAGGAGCAGAAGAUCCGGGAGCAGAAGCGGAUGGCCGCCGAGCGCGAAGAGAUCAAGAAGAAGGAAGUCGAGGGUAUGCUCAAGGAUAUGAAGCUCGACGACGUCGAGCUGGAGGAUCUGGACAACCUCGACAGCAAUAAGAUUCGCAUGAUCAAGUUGCAACAGCUCGAGCGGGAGAAGAACACCAUCGCCGAGAAGCUACGCGUCACUGGCAAGCGCCUCGACCAUCUGGAGCGUGCCUUCAGGAAGGAGGAAGCUAAGAAACUCCCCGAAGACUACGCCAAGCAGCGCGAACGUGAUAUUGCUGCCUACGAGCUGAUCAAGGCCCAGACGCUCAAGGAGGCGGAGUUGAAGCACAAGGAGGACGUGGAGUUGAAGCACCGUCUGACCCGUCUGAUGCCGUUUUACGAGUCCUUCCGGGCUGACCUGCACGAGCGCCGUCGCGACAUGUUCGAGAAGCGCCGCCGUGAUGCCGAGCGCGAGCUUGAGAAGCAGGUCACCCUCCGGCGGAAGGAGUACCGCGAGCGCAAGCUGCGCGAGAAGCGGGAGCGCGAAGAAAAGGAGCGCGCUCUCCGGGAAGCUGAGGAGCGUGCCGAGAGGGAGAAGGAGGAGGAGAAGCAGCGACAGGAGGCUCGCAAGGAGGAGCUGGCCAGGCUCAGGGAGGAGCGCGAAAAGGAGCGCGAACGGGCCAAGGAAGCGCAGGCUCGCCAGCAACAGCGCGAGGAGGAGGCCAUGGCCCGUCGCAGGGCCGAGAAGGCUGCCGCCGCGGCAGUACCUAUUCGGGAGCGCGAACCUUUCGCCGCUACCGGCUCCGGACCCCGCCUGCCACUUGCCGGGACUAAAUCCACCUGGAGAGAGCGCGAGGCGGCCAAGGCUGCUGGCGGUGGCGCGCCAUCAGAUUCUGGCCCACCUCCGGCACGGGCUGCCCCGCCCCCAAUCGAGCGCACCGACUCCAGAGACAGGCCCGCUGCUGGUCCUCCCCGUCUGGCUCUCGCUGGCAACAAACCCAGCUGGCGUGAGCGGGAGGCGGCUAAAAACGCCGCCGGAGGUGCCCCGCCCCCCGAACGUAGUGGCCCGCCCCCCAGGGUCGCGUCCGGCCGUGGUGAGCCGAUGGACCGGGCAGGCUCCGGCCGCGGCGGUGACCGGGAUGCCAGGGACAACAACGGUCCUGCACCGGAGCCGCUCAAGGCCUCGGGCGGGCCUGGUAAGUAUGUACCUAAGUUCCGCAGGGAGGGUUAA